GGUGACGUAGCCAGUGUGGCGGCCAUCUUGGUGUAGGAGGAGUUUGGAGGUAGAUUGGGGGCAGACAGUGUUCUGAGGCCGCCGUAUCCUCUCCGCCAUGUCCGCCGAGAACCUGGAGAGCAAAACGCCGGAGGAGGCCACCACUGAUGAACAGAAGGAAGUGGACGAUAAGGUAGUAAGUCCAGAAAAGGCAGAAGAGGCCAAAUUAAAAGCAAGGUAUCCUCAUCUGGGUCCUAAGCCAGGAGGCUCAGAUUUCCUGCGGAAACGGCUUACGAAAGGGCAAAAAUACUUUGACUCUGGUGACUAUAACAUGGCUAAAGCAAAGAUGAAGAACAAGCAACUUCCUACUACUACUGCUGCAGACAAGGCAGAGGUUACAGGGGAUCAUAUUCCUACUCCACAGGAUCUUCCUCAGAGGAAACCUUCCCUUGUGGCCAGCAAGCUGGCUGGUUGAGCUGGCCUGACUGCAUGAAAACCACCUCAUUCCCAUCUCUCUUCCUUUUUAACCUUCUGUUAUUCUCUGAUCCUCCUCCUUGUACACUAAUAGUCAGUCUGACAGCUUAGCAGGCAAGAGUAGUGCAAGCUGCUGUCUUGAGUGUAGGAUAAAAUUCUCUAGUAUCAGAUUAGUUGUUUAAACCGAUGCACUGAUAAACAGGCCUGUUUCUGGUAUAGCAAUGUAAAGAAAUUUACUUGAAAACAGAAAUUUACAAAUGUACAUAAUGCCUAUUUCCUACUGGUAGGACUCUUUGGGUUUUACCAUUUUAACGUCUGCUUUCCUUUAUUCACUUAAUGUUUUCCUCAUACUGUACUAAUUUUUUCUAUUUAAGUUUUUUUUUUUUUUUUUUUUUUUCCAUUCUUGUUCUGAAGUUAAAUUUUUUUUGUUUUAAGAAGCAAAGCAAAAUGUCAAAUCAACCUGGGUUCUAAAAAUUAUUAUUUUUAUUUUUUUUUUAUUUUUUUUCUGCCCUUUUAACUUGAAUGGCCUUAAAACUUUCUCAGCUUUAACGACAGGAUUGGACUUGAGCAAUAUUUGCUCACACUGCUGUAACCUUUCGUACACAAUGAAAGUGGCCCCGUUGAAGCUGGCAUCUUUCCUGGUGAAUAGCGUAGAACCUUAUGUUGAAGAGUUGGAUGAUGUGCGCAUGUGCAUAGACUGUUGAAUUCACUUUUGUGCCAUUUUGUAAAUACAAUAGUUUUGCACAACCUUUUUGCAAAUGUGUACUAAUUUUUACAGUUUACAAGAUCUAUAUGUAAAUCUGUAGCACACUUUAGCUCCUUAAGUCCUGGCAGCAUUUUAUUUCCCAGAGUUAUUGCCACCAUUCAGAAUUCACGUCUUGUGCGUGAACUUAAAGUCGCAAAAGUUUGUGUGUUUUUUUUUUUUUUUUUUAAGUUUGGUAAAGAUGCAAACCUUGAACAAAAAUAUUUGUUAGAUAUGUUGGAACUGCACGAAGGCCUGUUCAUGCUGCUGGAAGAUCACCCUAAUGGAGGUGAAGCGGGUAUCCUUUAUAUUUGAUCUGGCUUGUAUUUGUAGUAACAUCACUGAUUGUUGAUUUGCCUGUCAACAUAUCGCAAACUGCAUGCGUUUGCACCCGACUGCAUUUACGGUGGUCCUGCAUGCCACUGUUUUGAUCCGCAUGCACCCAUCUGCGGCAAAAAGGGUUAUUUGCCAGACUGCAGCACUUGCUAGGCCAUGAAGGUUUAUCUUCAUCACUGCAGAUAUUGCUAAGUAACAUCUUCCCUGAUGUACAGUUUUCUUGGAAAUGGUGUUCAGCAACAGUGGAGUUGCCCAGAGUUGUGUGCAGAGGAUGUACACAUUUCCUCUUGUAAACACAGUUUGGAACAGGGUUGUGACCAGCAUUGGUAUGGAUGAUCAUUUUGGGACACAGAUGAUAUUUAAGCAAAACAAAUAUCGUAAAUUAUUGGUAAAGAAAUCUUAUUGUUUUGUUUCUCUGCUAAACCCUUGAGGUGUAUAUUAUUACAGUGCUUAUUGGUGUCCUGCAGUUGUUAACUGGUAUCAACACUUAAAAUAGUUUGUUGUUGCAUAAGACCUCCAAUCAUGCUGGAUAUACUGAACAUUUAUGAAUAUUGUUAAUAAAGAUUGCAACUGUA